AUGUGCACGCACCUGGACACGGUAUUGCCGGACGACCUGAAGCUGUCUCUCCACCAAGGCUUCUGGAACCAUCGUCGGAACUGUGCGCGGUGCAGUGCGAGGAACAAUCCCUCCAGCUGGCUCUACAACAACACGCGCUGUCCUCUGGAACUCCUCGUCAAGCGUCCGCAGCCAAAGGCCGACGACACCAAGACGCCGAAGGUGCAGGCCGCGCCACCCAGGCCGGUCAACAAGAAGGAGCCGAGCGACAACGAGCGUCGCGCCCAGGGACUUGUGAAGGUUACGUACGAGGUUGACGAUGACUUUGACGCUGCCGGGGGAACGGGGGUGAAACGCACCAUCUGGAUCCGCGAUUUCAGUGCGGAAGAAUACGACCCUGUGGAGGAGAAGGAGACGAUCUAUGAGGAGAUUUCGAUUUUGAUCAAGUGA